UCGUCUAAAGACUUUGAUCUGACAUUGAUGAUAUGUCUUCUGCGCAAUCUAGGAUGUUUAUUAACACCCUCCAAUGGAUGGGAUCAACUUCCGCUUCCGAAUGAUACGGUACCGGGAGCGUACUUGGCUACCCUAAAGUGGUACAGGAAUCAGUUGGCCCAUAUGACUGUAACUUCUAUGGAUACCAAUGAAUUCACAGACAAAUGGACCCGAGUUGACAAGGCAUUGACAUCUUUAAACAACGGCCAAAGACCACACGAGGUCACCGAAAUCUUGAAUUACGAUCUUGAUGGAGAACAAGCAAAAACAUUAGCAAACGCAGAACUCAAGCAUAUGAAAAAACAAUUCCUGGAAUGUGAACAGGAAAAAGAACAGAUAGAAUGUGUUUUAUCUAUUUGUGUAAAGGAAAAAGAACAGAUAGAAAGUGAUUUAUCUCAUUACAGGGAAGGAAAUCUUCCGAAAAACAUUGCAGACGCAAAUGCAACUUUGGUUGAAACAUGGAUAAAAGAUGACCAAAGUUUUUAUGAAACAAAGGGAACCGAACUUGUUUAUGCUACAGUAAAGAAAUGUAGGUGUAUUUUGGUGACAUCAAAUUCAGGAUCAGGAAAGACUGCUACCAUCCGACAUAUCGCAUUACAAUUUAAAGAAAAGGGCUUUGAAAUUGUUCCUGUAGAGUGUCCAGAUGAUUUAAUAAAAUACAGAACAAAUAAAAGACAAGUUUUUCUUAUUGAUGACGUCCUUGGUAAAUACGAUUUAAGUCCGACACUGUUGGAUAAAUGGGAAAGAAUAAACGAAAAGCUAAUAAGCUGCUUGGAAACAGAACGAUGUAUUGACAUAAUAUUGUGUACACUGAGAUCACAAAUUGCAGUCCUCAAAAGAUUUAAAAAUGCAUCGACAAUUUUAAAUAAAGAAGUCAUUAAUUUAGAGCACGAGUCUAAUGUUCUUUCAAAGGAAGAAAAGCAGAAAAUAUUGAUUAAACAUCUUGAGAGAAAUAACUUAGAAAAAGAAAUUACAUCAGAGGAGGUUGAGAAAAUGUGUGAAACGAAUUAUGCAUUUCCUCUUCUUUGCAAAUUAGUUUCAAAUGAUGAGGAAAGAUUCAGAAAAAGAAUAGCAUUCUUUAGGGAACCGUUAUCACUGUUAAGGAAUGAACUUGAUAGAAUUAGUAAUGAAAAUAAGAAGCUAUACUGCAUUUUGGUGAUAUGUAUGUUGCACAAUGGUUCAUUUAGUAGAAGAAUAUUUGAUAUUGACUCACAUGAAUAUGAUGCAAAAAUAUACAGAAUAAUGCAAACUUGCGGCCUGAACAUGCAUAAAAAAGAUCUUGAGGAAAGCGCUCUUUCUGCUAUAGGAUCGUAUUUCACUCAGGACAAAAACGAUUUCCGGUUUAUUCACGAUGCUCUUGAAGAGACUACCGGCUGUCAUUUCUAUACGUUUGAUCCCAGAGUAAUGUUUUCAGAGUGUGAUAUUUUGUUUAUUAGAGAUCGAGUCAGACUUCAUUCCAAUGAAAACCUGAAUGAAAAUGCCGAUGAAAAUAUUGUGAUUAUUAAUGAAGAUGAAUUGAAUGAGGAUCGUCUUAAACCGUUGUAUGAUAGAGUACUGACUGAAUUAAACAAUGGGAGAUUUUCCAGUGUGUUGAUGAGUCGCCUAUUUAAGAAUAGUGACUUUGUUCGUAUACUUGGAACUCAUUCUAAAAAAAAUCAGAGCAUACUGGGAUCAAAAAAUACUUUUUCGAAGACUGUUAGUUCCGAGCGAAAAAAGAGCACCAAUCAUUCUAUCAUAGACAAAAUUUCAAAGAUUCUUUUAAAUGAUGAAUUACAAGAUACAAAAGAUGCUAUUAGUCGAGUUAUAGAGGCUGUACCUUUCAGAAGUACACUUAUGUACUGGAGUGUGGCCUUUGGCUGCUAUGAAUUCUUUCAAUAUGUAUGGAGUGAGAUGACAACUGUCGAUCGUAAUUCAAUUCUAGGCAGAGAUUUUAUAUUUCUACCCUCAGUUAAGUCCUUUUUUCCUCUAGCUGUUCUUGGGGGUAGCUUAGAUAUUGUAAGCAACUUAAUUUCUGCUGAUGCAGAUGUUAACUGCUUUUCCGAAUUUUGGGAAACACCUUUAUAUAUAGCAGUUAAGUCAGGCAGCUAUGAUAUGGUAUGCUUACUGUUGAGAAAUGGGGCAAAAGUAAACCUACGAGGAUGGUUUACAAUGAAUAUCCCAAUUGCCGUUACUUCAAAUAAACCCGAAUUAACUAGUUUGAUUCUUGAUAAUGAUUUAAACCAAACCGAACUUCAUAAAGCUGUCCGACAUAACGAGUUAAAUAAUUUGAAAUCAAAUAUUCGAUCAGAAAAUAUUGAUUCGAAAACAAAGAGCGGAUGGACAGUCCUACAUUACGCUGUAUUAUUAAAUAAUUUAGAAGCUGUGAAGGUUUUAUUCAAUGAAGAGUUGCCCAAAAGUGAUGAUUCCGAUAUUGACUUUACAGAAUGUGAUCAAAGAGAGUAUUUGAGUAGAAAGCCGACACCAAAAUUAAACAUAGCUGACAAUAACGGACUAACUGGUGUCCAUCUAGCAGUUAUAAACAAUAAUGUCGAGAUACUUACUGUUCUGUUGUGUCAUAAAGCUGAAAUAAAGGUUCUUGAUGCUUUUGAUAGAACCCCUUUACAUUACACAACGAGUGAAAGUGUAACAAAAUUGUUGCUCACGCAUCCCUCUCGGAACCAGCGUCUAGAGACUAAUCGAAAUGCAGAGGAGGGGAGAGAGUAUAGAAAAACACCUAUGUCGGCAUUUAGGACCCUGUGUUUUAAUAUCACGCAACAAAAUUCUUUUAAAAACAUUUGUCGUGACCUUGUAAACAUGCCAGACAUGGAGGGUAAUACACCAUUACAUUCUGUUUUAAACAGGAGCCUUUUCAUAAAGGAAAGCACUUAUUGUAUAGACACAUUGAUGGAGAAUGGCGCCAAUCCUUAUUUAUUUAAUGAUAGGGGCACUUCAGCAAUAGAGUUAAUUAAAAGUAGUUGUGAUACAUCCAAAAUCAUAGACAACAGUGAAAAAUAUAGACAAGUAGUUAAGUUGAUGUAUAAAGGAUUUGUUAAGGGCAUGACCUUUUUAUUUGGAGCGACUAUAGGCCUAGCAAUAUAUCUUUCCUUUGUACUUAAAAAGGAAAGUCAAAAUACAGUUUUUUGCAUUGGAAAAGAAGCUGAAUCUGGUAAAAUUACAUUGAUGCAGGUGACGAGAAGCAUAAACGUCAUAUUACUCAGCGUUGUGUUUCUUUGGUUAUUAUUCAUAACGUUUAACAUGAGGUAUUCAGAUCUCCUUCGGCGAUUCUUUCUUUUGUUUUUAGGACUAAUACUACUAGGGUGUGUUUUUUUCAUAUUUUUUGGUCCAUUUGUAUACAUUCAAAUAAUAUACAGGUUUUUGUAUUCAAUGAUGUACGCUGUUCUUUUGUGUUCGAUAUGUAUAAAAAUUAUGACAUUUUUACCAUAUUUUACAACUGUAGCCUCAGUGCGUUGUACUAAAAGAGCAUAUAUAGUUUUUCAAAUGUUAUUGUUCCUUCCAAUUGUUUUUAUUUUUUCAUUGAUUUUUGUAUUAGUCCCAUCUACUAAGGGCACAAAAUUCGACAUUUUUCAUUCCAUGCACAACAUAAAAACACUAAAUAUAUCAACUUCAAAUUGUACAGAAUUUAGUUCUGCAAAUAUCUCAUGUACAAGUUUGGCCUAUAAUAUUACAUAUAAGAGUGGUACCGAUUUCUCUGUAGAAUGUCAUACUGACCAAAAUAUAACAACUUAUAAUGGAACAUAUGGUACACUUACAGUGGAAUCAGCAUUUAUAGACUGGACGGAAAUGAGCCUUGUGUCUUUAUUUUGUUUGGAUCUUUCGUUACAUGCAACAUUUUUAUAUUGUCUAUUAUACUGUAUAGUCAUAGUAUAUUAUAGGAAAAUAUUCAGAGGGAAUUUCGGAAAAAUGUUACCGUUUCUUAAUGGACUGGCAAUGUUCAUGAUAGAGAUAUAUUGUGUUUUUUUAUAUCUUUUUAUCAUGAAAAGUUAAAUAUAAAAUUGAAGCAAAUUUAAAAAUUAAGUAGUAAUCAUAAAACAAGUGGCAGCGUUUUAAUAUUUGUCCAACCAAAGUUUGAAUAGUAGACAUCUUAUACGUUCAGGUAUUUCACAUCCAAUCUUUUAUGGUAAUAUUCUAUACAAAGCACAAAAAUGUCGGCACUCACCUCAAAAGCCUACCAAACCUUUAAACAGACUUAUUCAGAAGGGGUAUAAUUAAGAUACUGUUGUCAGGUCAUUAAAGAUGGCAUAUUUUAGUAUACUAUUGAUUCACUCAUAGGGUCUUUGCAUCGGAAAGAAACACAUAUAUUCUAAAACCAGUUGUUGGCAUGAUACGGGUUAUGUUCUUCUCAUAUAUUUUAUGAUGGUAUGAUAUUAAACCCCUAACGGGAGGGAUUGUGUUUGAUUUUCAUAUGAUGAAGACGUAAUCUUUCAAUCAGUUUAAUUGAGGUCUGGAGCUGGCAUGUCAGUAACUGCUAGUAGUCCUUUGUUAAUUUAUGUAUCAUUGUCUUUUUGCUUAGUUUCUUUGUUACCUAUUCUGACAUCGGACUCGAUCUUCUUUUAAACUGAGUUUUACUGUGCGUAUUGUGUGUGUUUGUUUAUUCUACAUUGGCUAGAGGUAUAGGGGAGGGUUGCGAUCUCACAAAACAUGUUUAACCCUGCCGCAUUUUUGCGCUUGUCCCAAGUCAGGAGCCUCUGGCCUUUGUUAUUUUUGUUAUUUUUUAUAUUUUGUUCAUUUAUAUGUUUUGGAGUUUAGUGUGACGUCCAUUUUCAUUGAACUAGUACACGCUUUUGUUUAGGGGCCAGCUGAAGCCCGCCUCCGGGUGCGGGAUUUCCUCGUUGUGUUGAAGACCCAUUGGUGGCCUUCGGCUGUUUUGUGCUCUUUGGUCGGGUUGUUGUCUGCAAGUUUUGACGCAUUCCCCAUUUCCAUUCUCAAUUUUAUGUCGAAAUGGAUAUUUAAUUAUACAAGUAUUUUUUCUGAUGUCUUUUCUGUAAAAAUGGGAUUGAAGAUGAAUUUCAUUUUGCUUUAAAAUGUCAAAUUUAGAAAAACGUAGGCAAAAACUUUUUCAGGAAGUAGAGACUAUACUCCCAUCUUUCAACAAAAUAUCUGAUGAGGAAAAAUUUACAUUUAUUUUUACAUUUAAUGAGUAUGACAUAACUAAAAUUAUUGUUACUUAGGUGAAAUUAAAAAAAUCUAGAAUUCAAAAUUGAUACUAUAAGUCAGAAGAGCAUUAAUUAAGAAACAAAAUAAGUUACAAAAAUAUUGACAGGUUAUUGAGCUCCUUUUCGAGAUAUUUAAUUUUUUUUAAAUGGCGGGAAAAUGCUGACUCGGACUUUUACCUUAUAUUUGCAUUGGUAUUAUUUGGGUCUCAAGUCGAAAGAAAAGAAUUCUAGAAUCUGCUUAAAUUUUAGUAAAUGACCUUUCAUGAGCUAUUUAAGCCUUAUAUGAAUAUAAAACGGGUGUUAUGGGGCAAAAUAUUUUACUCUGUAUCGUAGGAAAAAAAAUCAAGGAGUCCGAACAUCUGACAAAAAUUCCCAAACCUGACCUAAGUACAUCCUUAAAGGGGUUAAUGAUUUAUUUGUUCUAAGAAAUAGUCUAGCUUAGAAGAAAAACUAGAAUUGUGUAAUACAAAUUUGUGAUUAAUAAUAUUUUUUUUUAACAUAAUUUUAUAUAUUUGUUUUGUUAUAUUUCAUAGCAAUAUCAUUAAGAAUAUUGUACUUUUAUUUUCGAACUUGCAAAAGUAUCACCUCCUCCAAAAUAUCUAAAUAUAUGAUAUACUUAUAUAAUAUGAAUGUUGGUUAACUUUGAAUAUUGUAUGUUUGUAAAUAUAGUCAUUUUUGUCUUGGUAACAACCCAAUAUUUGGAUUUUACACCAAUAAAAUGAUUUGAUUUGA